GAAGUACCCUUCGUUUCUCUCCGAGACUGAAGUUCUUCAGAGGCAAAAUCUCCUGCAGCAAUUGGCGUCUAUGUCGUCAAUCAAAGCGCACCACGUGGCGGUGCGUGAGCUCCGUCACGACGGUCACUCGGUGGUCGUCUACGAGCGGCACAGCCAAGCCGGAGGAACAUGGAUCUACUCCGAUCACAUUGAACCCGACCCGUUAAGCCUGAACCCUACCCGGCCCGGCGAGAGACGGCGGGAAACGGAGGAUCGAGUCGACGAAGAAAAGGGAAGAGAAGUUCUCGUGAUGAGAUCUGUGAUGGCAGUUGUUGUCUGUAACGGACAUCACACAGCCUCGUCUCGCUGAAAUUCCUGCCUGAGUAUUCAUGUUCUUAUGAAAGUCAGAUGGAAUGUGUCCAUGAAACUUCACAAGGAUUAGUGAAAGGAGGACUGAAAGAUCAAUCAUAAAGAUCAGGCGAGAUUCAUCAUCAAGAAGAUAUCUGAUUCUUUCAGUCUUUAUAUUGUGGUUCCUGUGUUGAAUGGAAUCUCGGCCGGCGCUGUUGAUAUAAGCACAGACACUUCCUAGAUCAAAUGCUGCUGAUACAUGUAUAAAGAAUAAAAGAAAGCAGCCCGAUUUCGAUAAUCUUUGGAUUCAUUCUAUGCGACAGAAGGAACACAACAAGAUGAUUAUGUGGUGUUCCUAAAUGCAGGAACGGUCUUUGUUGAUGUUAUUAUGUCUGUUCUUUCCCCUUCCUCUCUGUUCUAGUGUUUAGAAAUUUCCCGGGGGUUAUGGCGAAAGUGGAAAAUGGAAUUGCCCUGGUGAAUUUAGAAAGUUAUUUUCCUUUGCAGAAGGUACAAGUAUCACUUCCAGUUUCUUGAAACCAAUGGAAUAGUUGCAGUGGACCAUAACCGUGUUGAGCCACUGUACAAGGAUGUCUUCCCACCGAAACUGUCACCAGCGGCUCUCUCCUUCAUCCGUCUCCAUGGACGGGUCGGGUCAAGUUCAAAUCUUUCACCCGAACCACGCUUACAUUCAGCGUGAAUUCUCGAUCAGUAACCACAUUUUUCAGGUCACACCAUUCUAAAUGCAGGUGUUCUCAAAGGAUCGUCAAGAGAGAGAUGUAGAUAGACUCGUAACAAAGGGCAAUGCAGAGUUUGAAUUGUGGAACAGAGGAAUGGAGAAAAGAGAGAUGUAUUUUCUUCCUGAGGGUUCUUAAGGGGUUUUCUCUGUAGAUUCAUUUGUAAGCAGCAAAACCCAAUGAUUAAAACUAAAGACAUCUACUUUCGUUCACAAAGUUAUUACAGUCUACCCAAAGCAAUCUGUGAGUCCAACCACUCAGACAAUGCCAUGUCUGGUAAUGCUUACGUGUCACUUCCUUGUUCAAGGUUUCAUGGAAAGAUUAUCGUACGAAAUCCUCUCUGUGGAAUCGAUCAUGGGAGAGAGAGAGAGUUUGUUGUGUUCAUGGUAUUGGGAUUUCCUCGAAUUGAGCAGGCACUCUCACGCUUUUGUCUGCUCUUGCUUCUUUUCUUCUUCGGAGCUUCCAAGGAUAUAAAAAGGAAGAAGGAAAAAAAUAAAUCCAGAAAAGGAAGCAAAAAGAAUCAAAUUUCACGAAUCCAAGGGAGAAAAAUAUAAACUUUUCCGAUUCAUUUGUGUGUUUAUUUGCAUCUCUCUCUCUUCUCGCGACCUUCUGGUUCGCGGCUAAUGCAAUUUCCUCCAUUUGCAUGUCGAUUCUCUCGAAUUCGAUUUAAAAGAUACUUGAUUUCUGCAUCAGAGCCUUGAAUACUUUCCUCUGUCUCACUCUCUCUUUCUCUCUCGUUCGUUCUGUGUCUGUUUCUAUGGCGAAUGCAUCUGGGUUCUUCACUCAUCCUUCGUUUCCGAGCCUGCGAAGCAGAACCCACGUCCCGAUCGGUGUUUCUGGAUCUGGGUUAUGCAUGCCGAAAGGAAUCUCGAAGAGGGUCUUGUGCUCCGUCGGUGGCGCCGAGAAGCAUGCUUCGCCUUCGCCAUCCGAAUCUCGAUCCCCGAGGGUCGUGGCCAAAGGCUGCAAGUUGAUCGGAUGUGGUUCAGCUAAACGUUUGUAUUGGAACCUCGAGGUCCUUAAUUGUGCCAAUGAAUCAGAUACAAGUGAAUGGAUAUCAACUCGCACCGGUAUCCGCAGCCGUCGGGUUCUUUCAGGGGAAGAUAGCUUGACCGGCCUAGCGAUACAAGCAUCGGCAAAAGCCCUUGAAAUGGCAGAGGUCGAUCCCGAAGAUAUAGACUUGGUCUUGAUGUGCACAUCCACUCCCGAUGAUAUAUUCGGUACCGCUCCACAGAUUCAGAAGGCACUUGGUUGCACAAAGAAUCCCUUAUCAUAUGACAUAACUGCGGCUUGUAGUGGAUUCGUUCUGGGUCUAGUCUCGGCUGCUUGUCAUAUAAGAGGGGGUGGAUUUAAGAAUGUUUUAGUAAUCGGAGCUGAUUCUCUUUCUCGGUUUGUCGAUUGGACGGACAGAGGGUCCUGCAUUCUUUUCGGGGAUGCUGCCGGUGCUGUGGUAGUUCAGGCCUGUGAUGUCGAGGAUGAUGGUUUGUUCAGUUUUGACUUGCACAGCGAUGGAGAUGGUCGUAGACAUUUGAAUGCUUCUCUGAUUGAAGCCCAAAAGGACGAUGCCUCGGGCACAAAUGGCUCGGUAUUGGGUGACUUUCCUCCGCAGCAACCUUCGUAUUCUUGCAUUCAGAUGAACGGAAAAGAAGUAUUCCGCUUCGCUGUCAAAUGUGUACCCCAAUCCAUCGAGUCCGCCCUUCAAAAAGCCGGUCUUCCUUCUUCUUCCAUUGACUGGCUUCUGCUUCACCAGGCGAACCAGAGGAUAAUCGAUGGGGUGGCUACAAGGCUGAAGUUUCCGCCGGAAAGGGUGAUAUCGAACUUGGCGGGAUAUGGAAACACGAGCGCUGCUUCGAUACCGUUAGCGCUGGACGAGGCAGUGAGAAGCGGGAAAGUGAAGCCUGGUCACACCAUUGCCACUUCUGGCUUCGGAGCUGGCUUAACCUGGGGCUCAGCCAUUAUCCGUUGGAGAUGAAUUUUUUUCACACCACUAGUCAAGUUUCUUUCUUUCUUUCCCCCCACACCACCAAGUGGAAGAAGAACAGACACACCAAAGCCGGUUUUAACCGGUUUGGUUCGGUUAGGGUUGACCGGUUAAACAGAUUGGCUUAGAGAGUGGUUCUGCCUGUUCUGUCAAGCGGCAUUUUGUCUGAACCGGGGUUUUUUUUUUUUUUUUUUUUUUUUGGUGUUAGUUCUUGGAGAUGCUAAUAAUUAUAAGGAGCAUUCUUUCUUCGUUU